UGUGGCUCUGAGGGACGAGCACGACGAUUGUUGAGAACAUUUGGAACUUAGCAACAGAAUCCGUAAUCAUCGGCCGUUUAGAUCGUUUUGUCAGUCUCCUCAAUCCUUGCAUAGUAAAAAUAUACAUUGGAAAAUUCAGUCACAAUGCCUGAAAUGCAAGGGAAGUCAAAUAAUGCAAGUUCUGGAGCUGGUAAUAAGCAGGGUGCAUUCAAAGACAAGGACAAGCCCACUGAGAUUCGUAUGAGCAACAUUACUGCAGCGAAAGCGGUUGCUGAUGCCAUAAGAACGAGUCUAGGACCCAAAGGGAUGGACAAAAUGAUACAAAGUGGAAAUGGUGAUGUAACAAUCACUAAUGAUGGUGCAACGAUCUUGAAGCAAAUGCAGGUCUUACAUCCAGCUGCAAGAAUGCUUGUAGAACUGUCUAAAGCCCAAGAUAUAGAGGCUGGAGAUGGGACCACUACUGUUGUAGUGAUUGCUGGAAGCUUGCUCAGUGCUAGUGCAAAACUCUUGGAAAAAGGAAUUCAUCCCACCACCAUAUCAGAAUCAUUUGAAAAAGCAGCUGCUAAAGCAGUGGAAAUACUGACAACUAUGGCAACACCAGUUGCUCUCAGCGACCGCGAAUCUCUACUGAAAAGUGCAAUGACAUCACUAAGUUCUAAAGUUGUUUCACAAUACUCCAAUCUCCUAGCUCCAAUAACUGUUGAUGCAGUCCUUAGAGUCAUCGAUCCUGCAACAGCGGACAAUGUUAAUCUAAAAGAUAUCAGAGUGGUGCAAAAAUUAGGAGGCACUGUUGAUGACACUGAGUUGGUCGAGGGUCUUGUUCUAGAACAGAGAAUCAGCCAUUUGGCUGGAGGGAUAUCUCAAGUAGAAAAAGCCAAAAUUGGACUGAUACAAUUCUGUAUUUCACCUCCUAAAACAGAUAUGGAAAAUCAAGUUGUAGUCAGCGAUUACACACAGAUGGAUAGAGUUCUUAGAGAAGAGCGACAGUACAUUCUUGAAAUAUGCAAGAAAAUAAAAAAGGCCGGCUGCAAUGUGUUGCUUAUUCAGAAGUCUAUCUUGAGAGAUGCUGUCAGUGACCUAGCUCUCCACUUCCUGAACAAAAUGAAGAUCCUCGUUGUAAGGGACAUAGAACGAGAUGAAAUAGAAUUUAUAUGCAAGAGCUUGGGAUGUAAACCGAUUGCCAGUUUAGAUCACUUUACUCCAGAAAUGAUGGCAUCAGCAGAACUCGUCGAGGAAGUUCCUUUGGGUACCAGCAAGGUUGUCAAGGUGACUGGCAUAGCCAACCCUGGUCAAACCGUUAGUAUCCUUGUACGAGGGUCCAACAAACUUGUCCUGGAAGAAGCUGAGCGGUCACUUCAUGAUGCUCUCUGUGUAGUACGAUGCUUGGUCAAAAAGAGGGCUCUCAUAGCAGGAGGCGGAGCCCCAGAGAUUGAAGUAUCCAUAAGACUGGCUGAGCAUGCACGCACUUUAACAGGCAUGGAAGCAUAUUGUGUACGAGCUUUUGCUGAGGCACUGGAAAUUAUACCUUACACACUCGCUGAGAAUGCUGGGUUGAAUCCUAUUGCUACAGUCACGGAGCUGCGAAACAGACACGCAAAGAACGAGACUACAACUGGAAUAAACGUCAGAAAGGGCACCAUCACUAAUAUUCUGGAAGAGAACGUUCUUCAACCACUGCUUGUGUCAACCAGUGCCAUUCAGUUGGCCUCCGAGACUGUCCGUAGUAUUCUGAAGAUCGAUGACAUCGUUAAUACAAGAUGAAUCUUGGAGGAAAGCUGACUUUGGUCAGAAGACCUUCCUGUCGCCCGUCACCACAGACUGUUGUCACAGAGUGUAUGUUUUAGCACGUGAACCUUGCAACUUAGCAGUCGAAGAGCAAGCUUUAUUUUAGAACUUACGAGCUGUUCUGCGAGAUAUCAACAUUUUACUGUUAUGGUUGCUUUGCGAUAAUCGAAAGGAGAAAUAUGGACACUGUUUAAUUUCAUGACAAAUGUGUAUCUUAAAGACUAUUAAAACAAGUGUUAGGCACUAA